GGGCAGCAACGUGUUGUCCAAGUCUCAGAUUCUUCUCUUUCUCUUUGGAUUUCUGUAGAAAAAAUAAGCAAUCAAUCAGAGAAAGGAGCAAAGAAUAGAGAAAUAAAGUACAGAAAAGAGUCGAAGUAAGUUUAUAUUGAGUACAACAACUAUAAUGGAAAUCAACACUUAUCAAACUCGCGCUGAGAUGCUUCUUCGAAGCUACAUUCUUUCAGAUUCUUUCAUUGUCUACUCUUCUGUUAUUGGUGGUGUUUUCGCAUGCAAGCUGGUAUAUGAUCUUAGCCAGAUAUUCUCCUCUAUUUACUUUAAGCGCUAUGCUGGGCUCUCAAAAUCACAACAAGUUGAAUGGAAUAACCGGUCCAUAUCUACAGUUCAUGCAAUAUUCAUUACAGCCAUGUCACUGUUCUUGGCAUUCUGGUCAGAUCUUUUCUCUGAUGAUCAGCUGUCUGGCCUUGUCAUUAUGCGGAGUUCCACUUUAUCAACCUCUGUCUUGGGGGUUUCUGUGGGAUAUUUUCUCACUGAUCUUGCUAUGAUCCUUUGGUUUUAUCCUUCUUUAGGUGGAAUGGAAUAUCUGGUUCAUCACCUUCUCUCUUUGGUGGCACUGUCAUAUGCUAUGUUGACUGGUGAGGCUCAGUUUUAUGUGUACAUGGUUUUACUUUCUGAGGCAACUACCCCGGGGAUCAACUUGAGAUGGUAUCUUGAUGUAGCUGGAUUGAAAAAGUCGAAAGCAUACCUGAUAAACGGUUUCAUGAUGGUGUUUGUUUGGCUGGUUGCCAGAAUUUUGGUAUUCAUUUACGUGUUCUACCACUUGUACAUCCGCUACGAUCAGGUUAUGAAGGUGUCUUCAUUUGGGAUUUUCUUGGUAUGUGUUGUGCCAUUGGUACUUGCUGUGAUGAACUUGGUUUGGUUCUGGAAGAUUGUGAAAGGACUUAUGAAAACUUUAGCAAAGAGGAACUGAAGUUUGGACCAAAUUAACAAUCCUCAUAUCACAUAUUCAAAUACCUCAACUAUUCUCCUUGUGUACAUAAAAAUUGAAUACAUGCAAUUGACUUGCUGUUCUCAACAGGGUUCAAUAGAUAAUAUAGACGAAAAUUGACUCAUAAGAAAGCGUUCGGCUCCAAAAA